GCCACUUUAGUGGAGUCGGGCCGUGGAGAAGUGGAGAUGCCCUCACUCCUCCGCGUACCGCCGGGUUUACAAGGUGGGCAAAACACUCUGAUUGAAAAGGCAGCGGAACCACUUCUGAAUCGGGCAAAACGGCAGCCAGCUCAAAUUCGUGGCUCCGUCUGACGCCGGACUCGCACCGCACGCAUGGCCGACCGCGAGGCCGCUGCCUCCUGCCGAGGCCGGAAAGACGGCGGUUGCCUUACCCGGAAGGGAAGGAGGAAGGAGGGCUGGCCAUGUGUCGCGGUGGCCUGUCACCUGUGGCCAUGGGGGCGCGGCGUCGGUAUAUAUAGCGGCUCGACGAGAGCUUUCCUCGGGUCACCUGGUGUUCCUCUGUUAGAUCAUCGCCAUCUUGGCAACUCGAAUCCUCAUUUCUUCAGUGCUGUUCACCAGCACGCUCCUUCCGGACUUCGCUCCGCCUCUUCAGAUCUGCUGCUGCCGCCGGGGCGACUGAAAAUGGCGAGGAUGGAGGAUUCUCCGAACGGCAAGCACUACUACACGAUGUGGCAGACGAUGUUCGAGGUCGACACCAAGUACACGCCGAUCAGGCCCAUCGGGAGGGGCUCCUACGGUGUCGUCUGCUCGGCCAUAAACCAGGAGACCAAUGAGAAGGUCGCGAUAAAAAAGAUAAGCAAUGUCUUCGACAACCGCGUGGAUGCACUGAGGACGCUACGCGAGCUGAGGCUUCUUCGGCACUUGCGUCAUGAGAAUGUUCUUUGUUUGAAGGAUAUAAUGAUGUCCAUACAUAGGAGGAGUUUCAAGGAUGUAUACUUGGUCUCCGAACUCAUGGACUUCGAUCUGCAUCAGAUAAUCAAGUCAUCUCAGCCGCUUUCCAAUGAUCACUGCCGAUAUUUCCUUUUUCAGCUCCUCCGAGGGCUAAAGUAUAUUCAUUCUGCAGGGAUACUCCAUAGAGACCUGAAACCAGGAAACAUUCUAGUUAAUGAAAAAUGCGAUUUGAAGAUCUGUGACUUUGGUCUGGCUCGCACAAAUAGCACCAAAGGUGAUCAGUUUAUGACUGAAUAUGUUGUCACACGCUGGUAUAGAGCUCCUGAGCUGCUGCUCUGGUGCGACAACUAUGACACCUCCAUAGAUGUCUGGUCUGUUGGCUGCAUAUUUGCUGAGCUACUUGGUCGUAAGCCGAUCUUUCCAGGAACGGACUCCCUAAAUCAGCUUAAGCUUAUAGUCAAUGUUCUUGGCACCAUGAGUUAUGGUGACCUUGAGUUCGUUGACAACCACAGAGCUCGCAAGUACAUCAAAUCCCUUCAAUGCACCCCCGGGAUUCCGCUGCCUAGCAUGUACCCACAGGUGCACCCUCUUGCCAUUGAUCUAUUGCAGAAGAUGCUUGUCUUUGAUCCUUCCAAGAGGAUUAGUGUUGUUGAGGCUUUGGAGCACCCCUACAUGUCUUCCCUGUAUGAUCCAAGUGCAAACCCUCCUGCUCAGGUUCCCAUCGAUCUUCAUAUAGAUGAUAACCUUGGUGUAGAGAUGAUCCGAGAAAUGGUGUGGCAGGAGAUGAUCCACUACCACCCUAAGGCCAUCACAAAGGUGAAUAUGUGACAAGCAGCAGAUGCCCCGGUAUGAGGCCAAGCUCAGCGCCCUGCACUGCACGGGGCCAACCGCGGCACCGCCUCGUCCGGUCACUGCAUGCUGGCGAUUGCACUCUACGUCUGCUUCCUUCUUUGGGAUUGCAAUGGGUCUUGUUCCCUGUCGAGAAUUCAUUUACUAGGGGAUGGGCCGGUAUGAGGAACUUUGAUGCCUGCUUUCUAAAAUGGGAUGAGGAUUAAAAGGUCUCCCAUUCUUGUCCCCGCUAUAUCCUCUUAUAUACUUGUAUAUACAUAUAAAUUGGUAUAUUUUUGUUAGUAGUAUGUUAUAAUAUUAUGUCUAGUGUAGUACAUUUCAAUAAAAAUUAACAUGUGAUACUCAUACAAUUUAUUGUCAUUUUACCA